AUGGACAUUACAACAUAUUUCAACAAGCUACCUCUUAUCUGGCAAGAAAUGGAUCUAUGUCGAGAGAUGGUCUGGAAUUGCCCAUGUGGGGGAGGUUUACAUUACCAGUCUGAGGAAACCGAUCGAGUUUAUGAUUUUCUAGCGGGAUUGAAUUCUAAGUUUGAUGCGAUAAGGAGUCAGAUACUGGGAACUCAUCCGAUACCAUCUCUGAUGGAAGUUUGUUCUAAAGUCCACCUUGAGGAGGACAGGUCGAGUGCUAUGAAUAAUCCACUGGUCUCGUUAACUAAUUCAACUGCUUUUAAAGCAUUGAGUUCUACUAAUGAUAAUCAAAAUAGUAAGCCAACACCGGUAUGUGAACACUGUAAGAAGCCCCGACACACUAAACAUCAAUGCUGGAAGCUACAUGGUCGUCCGCUGAAUGGUAAAAGAUGUCAGUCAGGUCCUGGACGAGCACUGGCCAGUGAAUCAACAACUGGAGGUUCUCAACCUCAGAACCAGGAAACCAAUCAGACCAGCUCUAGUACAGUGGGUAUAGUGUGA